GCCGCCAUUACCAGAGAAGAAUAAGUUGUAAAGGAACACCCGCCAUUCAGGAGCGCUUCAGUUCAGUUUUCACGUUUAAACCGCCUCUCUGUUUGCUGUGUUACCUGCAGUCAGCUGCAGAAACAUCCACUGGACGUUACAGAAAUUCAUUUUAACUGAACUUAGCGGCGGGAAUCUCGCUAAAAGCCAACAUGACCCAACAAGCCGCGGCUCUUCAGACCUACAACAACGAGCUUGUCAAGUGUAUCGAGGACCUGUGCUCGAAGCGGGACGAGCUGAACCGCCAGAUCCGGCUGGAGGAAGACGAGAAGGAGCGACUCCAGCAGGACAUCCGGCUUCUCUCUGAGAAGCUGAGCCGGGUCAAUGAGAGCAUGGCGCAAAGACUGACCACCAGGGCCAACCUGGACCGCACCAUCGCAGAGACGGAGGCUGCAUACGCCAAGAUCCUGGAGAGUUCCCAGUCUCUCCUGAGUGUCCUGAAACAGGAAGCGGGAAACCUCAACAAAUCCCCUGAGCAGUGGAAAAACUUACAGUAAGCACAUAAAGAGUUAUAGACAGGAAGUGAGUAAAAAUGAACCAGGAAGUGAGGCGUUUGGUUUCAGAUGGAGAGCAGGAAGAGGUGGAUGGACGCCUCCACAGCAGCUUAGCCACAGCAGCCAAAAUUUAAAAAAAAAAAAUCAUGACCCUUGAACUCUCCCCCCCACCCCCAUAUUCACACAUUUACAACCUGGAGUUUAGCAAAAGUAAGAACACUUCCGCUAAUGUGCUAAUAGGAAAGCUAAUGUUUGGUUUAGCAUCUCUGUGCUAACCUCUAGCACUCUUAGCUUCUCCUAAUAUUUAUUCAGGUAAAUUCUAAAGUGCUGCUUUGUAAACCUUCAGUUGAAUAAAAUUAGACAUUGCAGUCCUGAACACAUUGAGCUAAUUCUUGGGUUAGCACUUUAGCGUUUUUGCUUACCAUCUUACCAUUAAUAAUAUUCAUGCAGUUGAAUUCCAAAGCGCUAAUUUGCCUGGACGUUUUGUAAACUUUUGCUUGAAUAGAGUUUGAUAUCUGCAGUGUGAGAGACACUUGAGCUAAUCUGCUCAGCAGAGCUAAUUUUGUUUUCUGGUUUAAGCGUUUUUGCUAACCCUUGGUGCUUUUAGCUUCCCCUUAAUAAAUUUUGUCUGGAUGAAUCCUAAAUUGCUAAUGUUGUAAACGUUCAGUUGAAUAAAGUCUGACAUCUGGACCCACUUGAGCUAAUAUGCUAAUAGCAGAGUUAAUUUUUCCUAUGUCGUUUUUGCUAACUUUGAAAACAUUUAGCACACUUAGCUUCCCCUAUCAUGUUGUUAACAUGUUUGUUAACACGGCUGAAUUAAGCUCUUUAGCAUUAUAUUUAGUUUUGUUGUAGCGCUUUAGCAUUAGCAGAACUAAUGUUUGUUAUUAGUCCUUUACUUUUAGUGCAAAUAACAUUUUAUUUUGGGCUAAGAGAGUAAAUUGGCUUUACUGGAAAUGCACACCACACUUUUCAGAUUUCAAUUCAACUAUACAUUACUUGUGUUGGUUUUUCACAUAUAAUCUCAGUAAAAUACACCGGCAUUCAGCCCACUUUACUCCAAUACCCCUAAAUGAAAUCGACCACAACCAAUUAUCUCAUCAAUAAAAAUUUAAAUCACAUCCCAAAUGAUUAGAAUUGAUUUACUGUGAUUUGCCAAAUAAUUUCAGUUUUGUUAAAACUACUAUAAUUCUGCAUUUUUUUAAUAAUUAAAUGACUUCUGAAGGUUUAAAACAUAAACCUCACCACUUUAACUCAAAGUUCAGUUUAACUGCAUCGAGUAGUACAGUAUGAAAUGGAAGGAAAAUAUAUCUGAAAAGUGUGGUGUGCAUUUGUAUCCAGCCUCAUUUUACUCAGAUAUCCCUAAAAAAAACAAUUUACCUUCAAGGUGACUUAAUAUUCAGAAUUAUGUAGAAUUUAAAUUAAUAAAGCCGUUCUGCGGAGAUUUGCACCUCAUAAUUAAAAUCCCAAUAGAAUUUGUUUUAAAGUUGAGAAGACUUUAAAUUUUAACAUUUGUAUUUUACAUAAUUAGAUUCCUAAUCAUUUUAAAAAGGUCUUAAUCUGAAGUUUUGCAGGAUUUCUGAAAAAUAUUGAAGGAUUUUUCAUUUGAUCAUCUUCAGUCCAGUGAAAUAAAUUAAAUAAGGCAACAAAUUAAGGACAAAAGUAGAAAUGCGAGAAAAUAAUUGAAUUCCCUGUAAUGGAUCUCUGAGCCAAUGGCUUCUGCAUCACUUUAAAACCUUCCAAGAAAAGGCUUUUUGUCCCUUCCUUCUUUCCUUUCAAACCCAAAUACCUAAACCAUUCAGUUCCAGCUGAUUUGUCUUUAUUUUCAUGACUUAUGGAGAUAAAUGGCUAUAAAAAGGCCCAAUAUUUCCUUUAGUUCAGAGUUCCAUUUUCUACCAGCCGUGAUUACGAUAAGGAAACGUGCUAAUGGAUAUUUAUUGGCUGUGGUGGGCACACUAAUGCUAAUGUGCUAGUAGCAUAGCUAACUUUGAAAACAUUUAGCAUACUUAGCUUCCUCUCAUUUAAAUUCUAAAGCACUAAUUUAGUUGGCUGUUUUGUAAACUUUCAAAUAAAGUUUGAUAUCGCCAUAAUAUCGACUUAGAUCUCCAGCUUUUGCUAAACACUAUGUUGGUGUAGUGCAUUAGCAUUAGCCUCUGGUAAAUUUCACGUGGGUGUAGCGCCAGUUUCUGCUAAAUUCCAUGUUGUUGUAGAGCUUUAGCGUUAGCUUCUACGAAGCAUCAUGUUGUUGUAGCACUUUAGCAUUACCUUCUGCUAAAUUCCUUGUUGGUACAGCGCUUUAGCAUUAGCUUAUGCUAAUUCCUUCUUAGUGUAGUGCAAGUUUUUACUAAAUUCCAUGUUAGUGUGGCACAUUAAUAUUAGCUUCUACUAAGCAUGCUGUUGUAGCACUUUAGCAUUAGCUUCUAUUGAAUUUUUUGUUGGUGUAGCAAUUUAGCAUUAGCUUCUGCUAACUUCCAUGUUAAUAAAGCGCUUUAGCAAUAGCAGAAAGAAUGUUUACCACCAGUGCUUUGGGAUUAGCGCAACAUUUCGGCUAGUUGUGUCCACCACUGUGUCUGGGGUCAUACAGAAGCAGAUAUUUAGUGGGUAAGAAGCAUCCUGUUGAUUGGCCAAUCAUGGUGGAUUGCUCCUUUCUGUACCAGAAAAAUAUGGUUCCCAAACAUCCAGAACCAGAAAACUGCAAACAACCAUCAGAACAAAUAAACUUGGGGCUAAUUUGGGCCUGCUGCGGAGCCGUGGAUGUGUUGUCACAGUGACGAGGCCGACAAUCAUGAGACUUUAAUACAAGGCUGCGACAAACAUUUAAAAACAGAAGCAAGCAUGGCAAAAAUCGGCAGUGCAUUCCUCCGGUUCGGCUGGAGAGUUUCACUUCAAAAUGGCGUCCUUCUGCGUUUUACCGGCACAAAAGUACCGCUUAGUUUUCAUGGGUUUAGCGGUUCAACCCUCCAGUUCGGCUUCCUGCUCUGCGAAUUUCCUCCAUCGCUUGUUUUUAUGACUCAUCAGGUGCAAAAUGCAGCGUAAAAACAAAAGAAUGACAGUGCAAAGACAUUCAGCAUCAAAGACUCCAGGAAUUAAAAAAAACGAUAAUCCAGCUUCCAGGAAUGGAAAUAAUCCAGGUGAUUGUGGAGGAAUAGUUUGGGAAUACUGGUGGAGGGACGAGUGUGAGGCCAGCACAGCAAUAUUUUAAUCAGUUGGCGCAAUAAUGAGGUCAAGAAAAACAUAAUCAUCUCGUAUAAAAACAAAAUCUUAAAAAAAAUUCAAUUCAAGCAUAAACAAAGCCGAUUUCUCAAUCCUUUUGUUCGCACUAGGCAUGGGCUGGCAGAGGAACGUGAAGGUCUACCAAACGUUUAGAGUUGAACUUUAUUUUGAUGCCUCGUUAGAUCAGCCAGAUCAGAACAUCAAUUAUAGAAAAUCUCUUUUUUUCCCUUAUUAAAGACAGUUUUCAAUCACUUUUGGGUUCCUCAGGGCUCCAUUCUUGGCCCAUCAGUUGUUUUUAAACUACUCAAACUUGUACUGAUUAACAGAGACGAUAGGAAAAAAUAAAGCAGACAUUUUAACCCCUCGCUGUUAAAGUUACUUUAAAUUAAUAACUCAGCCAUUUUUGGUCUUUUUCUCCCUUUACAUGUGGGGUUCCUCAGGGGUCUAUCCUCAGUCCCAGUAGUUUUUUUUUUAGUUUUUUUUAGCUACUUUUACUGAAAUAUCAAAAUGAGAUGCAAGAGAAAAAGUUCUUGUCUGGAUUCUGAUUGGUGCAAAACAAAGAUGUUGUGAAAAUUGUGAAAGCAGGAAAUUAAAUUGGUCUAACAAUGAAUUAAUUACAGUUUCUAUGUCAUCAUGAGAAACUGAUUAUAUAUUAUUUAUUUAGUACAGGGGCCAUGUCCCCUGCUGGCCCCCAUCUAGAACCGCCAAUGGCUGUAAUAAUCAAUAUGUGACAAUUAGAUUAUAUUCUACAUUUUAACUUUUAAUUGAUUUUGCAAAUACCAACCCAUGCCUAGUUCCGGCCAACGUUUCAUGAUUUAUCCUUCAAACAACCGGAAUGUCAAAGUAUUCGAGGUCUGACUUUUAAAAAAUCAAGUAAGAAGUUUUUCCUCCUGGUUUCCUUCACAUGCAAACGAAAACCUCACAGAAACGAAGUUGGAAAAAAACGUCGAAUUGCAACAUUUAGAAGAGUUCACAUAAACACAUUCUGCAGAGCCAUGAUUUGUUUGGACCGUUUGGACAUACAGACAUAUUAUCAUUAUUAAUAUAAUUGGCGAAGGUCACUUUUUUCCAGAGCAUUCGAUACGGAAUAAAAGCUGCUACUGAUCAACAGGUGUCUGCUUUACGGCGGCAAAUCAGGCCGAUGUAAAAAAAA